AUGGGAGACACGCUGCUGUGUGAUCAGCUCCUCGUGGACGGCGACGGCGGCGGCGAGUUCGUCGUCGCUCCUCACCACGCCUGCGCCGACGCCGACGACCUCUUCAGCAUCCUCGAGACGUGGGAGGACUGUGCCAACGGCGGCGGCGCCGCCUCCACCGCGACGUUGAUGAGCCCUACCGCCGUCGGUGGAGGGCAGCAGCAGCAGCUGCUGCUGGAAGCUGCCGCCGAGAAGAUAGCGCCGCUCUCCGCCAACAAGCGGCAGCUGCCGGCGCCGUCGUUAUUGCCUGACGGCGGCGGCGUCGAGGGCUCGCCGCAGAAGAGGCACAGGUGCUCCCCGGCUCCGGCGGCCUCGACGACCGACGACGCGGCGACGCCCAAGACGACGUCGCACAUCGCCGUGGAGCGCAACCGGAGGAAGCAGAUGAACGAGAACCUCGCCGUGCUGCGCUCCCUCAUGCCAUGCUUCUACGUCAAGCGAGGAGACCAGGCGUCGAUUAUUGGAGGAGUGGUCGACUACAUCAAGGAGCUGCAGCAGGUGCUGCACUCGCUGGAGGCCAAGAAGAAGCGCAAGGUCUACACCGAGCAGGUUCUCAGCCCGCGGCCGUCGCCGGCGGCGUCAUGCUGCAGCCCGCGCCCACCGCUCAGCCCAAGGCUGCCGCCGCAGAUGCUCAAGUCGACGCCGCCGCCGCCUCUCAGCCCGCGGCUCGCCGUGCCGAUCAGCCCCAGGACGCCGCCGACUCCCGGCAGCCCCUACAUGCAUCUCCGGCUGCCUCCGCCGCCGCCCCCGCCUCCUCCGAAGUCGGCAGGCUCCAACUACGCGUCCCCGGCGAUGACCCCGACACACGAGCCUCCGGCGGCGGCGUCUGCGUACGGUCAGCUGCCAUCGCUGGACGCCAUCGCCAACGAGCUCUCGGCGUACGGCAACAGGCAGGCGCUGGCCCCGGCGGCGGCCGGCCUCCUCCCCGACGUGAAGGUGGAGUUCGCCGGCGCGAACCUGGUGCUGAAGACGGUGUCGCAGCGCUCGCCGGGGCAGGCGGUGAAAAUCAUCGCCGCUCUGGAGGGCCGGUCGCUGGAGAUCCUCCACGCCAAGAUCAGCACCGUCGACGACACCGCCGUCAACUCCUUCACUGUCAAGAUUGGAAUCGAGUGCCAGCUCAGCGCUGAAGAGUUGGUACAGGAGAUUCAGCAAACAUUCACAUGACUGAAGCAAGUAUCGACCAG